CUGUAUUUAUUAAAGAGUGUUCAAUUUCAAUUAUGUUAAUAUGAAAACUGGCUCAUCCAUGGCGUCUUGGAAGUAGAUAGAAUCCUAAAAAAACCGGAUAUACAUACAAGCUGAGUCAAGUCAAGAACGAAAGUAAAGUAAGCAACACAGAUAUCAAUCAAUGGAGGAGAAAGGAGAGAGUUGCCAUCCUUUACUGAGAGGAGGAAGAAGAGAGUACAGAUACAGUCAUGGCUUCUCUUCUUCCCAGAUCCAAACACUCUCUGCCAUCUGUGAGGCUCUGGUUCCUCCCUUGCCACAUCACGCAGUUGACCAACCCAAACUCCAUUCCUUCUACAGCUCUUCUGGGUCUCAACCUCCAAUCCCUGAUGAGGUAGCAGAGGUUUUGGUUAAGAGGACUGUCCCAGAUGCUGUGUUCGUAGUGCGUUUAGUCUUGAAGUUUCUCUCUUUCAGAUUGGGAACUCUAUUGCUAUGUGGGUUUCGUUGUCUUGAUUGGAAAUGGCCAUACAUUCACAACUUCUCUGAAAUUCCAUUGGAGAGGAGAGAAGAAAUUCUCAAGAAAUGGUCAAAAGAGAAAUAUCUGAAGCCUCUCAGGCUUGUAUUUGCGGUUACCAAAAUGUAUUGCUUGUACACAUUCUUCUCCAGGACUGAAGAAAAUUCAAGGAACCCAUCAUGGGAAGCAAUCGGAUACCAGGUAGACACAAGGGACAAGUUGCUAGAAACCCAGAAGGAGAGGCCUCUUCAAAAGGGGAUCAUAGAAACUAUGAAUGAAAAUGAUUCAACCCUUGUUCAAUCUCUUUCUGAAAAAGGCCUACAAGUCUCAGAAGAUCCGGAAAAUGGAUUUUGCAGGAUCAAGUGUGAUGUUGUAAUUGUUGGUUCUGGUUCAGGAGGAGGGGUUGCAGCUGCAGUUCUUGCAGGUUCUGGCCAGAAAGUACUUGUUCUUGAGAAGGGAAACUAUUUUACACCUGCAGAUUAUUCAUCACUUGAAGGGCCUUCAUUGUCUGAGCUAUAUGAGUCUGGUUCAUUGCUUUCCUCCACCAAUGGUAAAUUCCUGAUUUUGGCUGGAUCAACUGUUGGUGGAGGCUCUGCUGUGAACUGGUCUGUAUCCAUCAAAACCCCAAAACAUGUUCUCAAAGAAUGGUCUGUGGAUCACAAGAUUCGACUCUUCGGUAGCACGGACUAUGAACAUGCCAUGGAUGCUGUAUGUCAAAGGAUUGGUGUGACAGAAAAUUGUACCAAGGAAGGGUUCCAGAACCAAGUUCUACGAAAAGGGUGUGAGAAACUUGGUCUGAAAGUGGAGACUGCACCAAGGAAUUCUUCAGAUGGUCAUUAUUGUGGUUCUUGUGGAUAUGGUUGCAGAACUGGAGAUAAGAAAGGGACUGAUUCUACCUGGUUAGUGGAUGCCGUAGACAAUGGUGCAGUAAUUCUAACAGGAUGCAAAGCUGAGAGAUUUAUAUUGGAGGAUUCAAUGAACACAAGAAAGAGAAGGAAGUGUUUGGGAGUCACUGCUAAGAUCUUAAACAAGAAAGUCACAUAUAAGCUGCAAAUUGAGGCUAGAGUGACAAUAUCAGCAUGUGGAGCUCUUUUGACACCCCCUCUAAUGGUUUCAAGUGGCUUGCGGAAUCCGAAUAUUGGCAGGAACCUUCACCUCCACCCGGUUCUAAUGGCAUGGGGAUACUUCCCGGAAGAUAAAUCGGAAUUCGAAGGUAAAAUGUUUGAAGGAGGAAUCAUCACUUCACUCCACAGGGUGGUUUCAGAGGAUUCCAAUGAAGUCCAUGCCAUUGUAGAAGCUCCACUGAUGGGGCCAGCCACGUUCGCCACAAUCUUUCCAUGGGUUUCAGGAAUUGAGAUGAAGAACACAAUGGUGAGAUAUCCAAGAACCGCGAAUGCUUUCGCGUUGGUCAGAGAUCAAGGAUCAGGAGAAGUAAAGGUGGAAGGUAGGAUCAAGUAUCGAUUACACAAGUCAGAUAAAGAAAAUCUGAAAAUCGGGCUGAGACGAGUUUUGAGAAUUUUGAUCAAUGCAGGAGCUGUUGAGGUUGGUACUUACAGGAGUGAUGGCCAGAGGAUUAAAUGUGAAGUUGGAAAGGAACAGGAUUUGGAGGAGUUCUUGGACACAGUAGGCGUACACGAAGGAUUCAUGUCAAGUGAGGAGAACUGGGGAGUCCUGACUACUGCACAUCAGAUGGGAAGUUGCAGGAUGGGAACAACAGAAGAGGAAGGUGCAGUUGAUGAAAAUGGUGAAAGCUGGGAGGCCAUGGACUUGUACGUUUGUGAUGGCAGCCUACUACCAACUGCCGUCGGAGUCAAUCCCAUGAUCACCAUCCAAUCUACAGCUUACUGCAUUUCAAAGAAGAUUUCUGAGUCCUUGAAGUUGAAGAAGGAAAAUAAUAUCUAGAAUAUUUAUCUUAUGCUUGUAAUAAUCUGGUCAGAUAAUAGAUAUUCAUGAAAUCAAAGAUUUAUUUGAUCAA